AUGGCGUUGGCUAGGACCUGCAGUCAAAUCAAGUCCGAAUACCUCGAAUUCAUCUAUCACAAAUACACCUUAUAUUUCGACUGCAGCUGUGAAUUGAAUAAGCGCUUGAAAGGCAACUCAACCUUGCGUGCCAGUCUUCGCUCAAUCAAGGUCCAUUGGACAGGCCCGGUGUCGGACAAAGCCUUCAGCCGUCUCGCCAAGUGCAAGGAGUUAAGACAUCUUGACAUAGCCAUCUCCAAGUCAACCACCAAUUUUGAGACUCCUAGGGAGAAGGAGAUGCGGCGUUACUUUCAUUCGAUGAAGCCAGCUCGACUUGCGGACGCUCUGGGAAUCGAGGAACUGCUCAGUAUUCGAGGCCUUACGUCGGUUUGUGUCUCCCACGUGAACGGUAGACAGAGCACAAAGCGCACGGAUGAAGAGCGGGCAAAUCUCCAGGGGCUACUCAUUUUCAAACUCCGCGUCCCCGAGCUCGACUAG